GCCCUCGCAAAGCUGAGAGGGCUCCCUUAAGACAGACAGUCGUCGCAACUCCCAAAUUCCCAACGGGAGAACCAGCGCUGCUGAAAUCAGCUGAAUAGCCUUAUUCGGAAUCCCGUUCUAUGUAGUUUUUUGACAAUCAGUUCUCUCUCUGUACCGACUGACUAUGGCUAAUCUUAUACAAAAACUCGUCAAAAACAAAUCUUCUUCUCUAAGAAUCAUUGCCUCCUUCAAAACCCUACAACCUCCAAAACCCACGUCUGCUCUCAACAAUCCUCUCCAAACACACCUCAACACAGCCAUAACGGACCAAUUGUCUCUCUUUAAGUCUGCUAUCAAGGAGGAUCCUACUCAGUCCUCGCAAGUCUUCUACCCCACUUUUCCGUCGGUUCAUUGCCUGAACCCUGUUUUGUCAACUGGGUUUUGUCAAUCUGGCGAUGUGGUAACGGAUGACGCGAGGACGGUCUGGGCAGAUAGCGUUAAGAAGAAGAGGAAGAAGAAGAUGAACAAGCACAAGUACAAGAAGCUGAGGAAGCGUCUCCGGCGAAAGUCCAGAGCUUAGGCUUAUUUCGGUGAGAGUUCGAUUUCUUUUUGAUUGAUUGCACCCGCUUUUGGGGAUUGGGAAUAACUUUAAGAUUCAUUGUGAACUCUCUUUUUGAGAUAUUGUGACAUGAAUGUGCGAACAAGAUUUUAUCUUUUACGUGCCUUCGGAGAAUUAUUGAUUUGGAAUGAGAUUUUAGUUCUCGUAAUUGGUUUCUUUGA